GCCGAUGCGCCAGGUCUAGGGACAACGAAUCCAUAUGCUCUCUUCGGGAAAAGUGUUCUCCAGACCAUUUCCAUUAGGCCUGACCAUACCAGAAGUUGGCGCGUGAUUUUCCCAGACCUGUAGGAGCGUUUGAACAAAAAGUUCCAAUUUCCCAUAGUAAUUCCCAUGUUAACUUUAACCCUGAUGCGCGCAGCCAGUUUACAACUAAAUGAGCUGAUAUUUGGCAUGAAAGUCCCUAUGGGCAUGCCCUACAAGGGGAACCAUACUAAAACUUGAUCCGAGAACUUUUUGAAAAACGUACCCACCCUAAUGUAUACAUUCUAUACACGCAAAAAACUCUUAUAGGCAUUUGGAAGGUGUUAGCUCUGCCGAGCUUCGGUGACCCAUUUCUACGCAGGCUGGCCGUGCGCGAGGUACCUCAGCUUGAAUCGACAAGCCCCGCCCUAAAGAACGUUUGCAUCGAUCGGAUUCAAACGUUAUUUAGAACUUCCGAACCCUUGUCAAAUGGACAAAAACCCAGCGCGUAUAUAGUAGUAACAGCAUUCCUGAUUCCAGUCACAGUUCACCAAGCCGUGAUAGCCUAGUGGUUAGCAUUUUUGAAUACCAUUCCAAAGGACGGGGGAUCGAACCCCUGUUCGAGCGACUUUGAUUUUUCGUUCAUGUUCAGAGUUUCAAGAAUGUAUAUUUCCUAAACUUUCUCGUUUGUUGCAGAUGAGAAUCGACCCUAGAACCAUUUGCCUACAAAGCGAACACCGUAACCAGUCAGCCACGGCCGCUUCUUAUAUACCAAACAAAAAAAAACAUUUUUCAACCAAUUUUCAAUCUUCAAAAAGCAUUGGAAAGAAGAAAUUUUUUGAAUUUUAUAAAAUAUCAAGGGUAGAAUUUUGACUUGGUUGAUGUAAAUUUGCCAAUGUCAUUUUUUCAGAGGUCAACAAAGAUUUUGACCACAGGCAAGGAACAUAAACUUUAAAAAAAAUUGCAUAGGCCGUAAUGUUAAAAAAGUCAUUAUCCUAAGGUGAAGCCGUUGAUCAUUUUCGAAGAAAAUUGAUCAUCACUAUAAAAUAUUCUGUAUUAAAUUCAAUUUAACGAAUUUUAGCACCAAAAGGAAUCAGCAUGUGCCGGGUGUUGUGUUCUUUAAGCCACUGAAAGAAUUUUCAAUCUAAAUCAAAUGCGUUUAAAAAUUUAUGUAAUUUUGUGGUACAAUCAUUGACGUCCUAGUUGGCAAUCAUUGAUUAAUGACGAUUUCCAUAACUUUGCAAGGAAUGGGAUAAUCGUUACUAAAAAAAUCAGCAUGUGUAGGGCACUAUUCUAAACAACUUGUUGAAGGAAUUUUGUCAAAAUAUUGAAAGCGGUGCAAAAUUUCUAUCUUUGAACGAAAAUCAUGACAAUGAUGGAAGUCUUCACGUUAAAUGGUCGUUGAAAUUGAAAACUUCGCGACAAUCAACAAUCCGCUGACGCAAAACGCGCGCCACCUCGUGUCACCAUGCCGCGACCUCCCCACGCGCGCUAUGACCUAGGAAGGGUUACCAAGGUAACCGCCCGUCUACAACACGGCCAGUUUAUUUUCCUGUCGUCGUCGUCGUCGCCGUGGCCUGCUCGGACUCGGCAAAAGCCCAGCUAUCCUUCGACCAGUCCAGACGACCGCGGGUUCACGGUGUGGUGUUGAAAUUGAAAGUGUUCAAGGCUUACUACGCAUCAACGUGGAUUUUCGAGGUGUCGCAAGAGUUUGCUCGAAGAAAUGGUGUAAAUUGGUGCGAAAUUGAUUGCGGAAGUCAACUCGCGAAAAUGACUGACCCAGAUUCGGCCACCAUCAAAAAGACCCAGAACUCUCUGGGAAAGUACGUGAAAAAGCCGGCCCUCACGGAUAAGUUGCUGAAGAAGCCUCCCUUCCGGUUUCUGCACGACGUGAUCAAUGUGGUCAUCAAGGACACGAACUUUCUCAAGGGUUUGUACAGCCCGGAAGAGCUCGUGUCGGACAACAUCAAGGACCGGGAUGCGAAGGUGGCCUAUCUACAGAAGCUGAUUGACGUGACCAAAUCCGUCACCGGCAAAGACCUGAAGGUCCGCCCGUCCAAAAUCGUCGCCGGCCUCGAGCCGGACAAGACGAACGAGCUGCUGCAAGCGAUCGGCUAUGCGCUGGACAAAAAGCUCGACAGCACGGAAGCGGUGCAAAGCUACAUCGGAGGCGCAACCUCGAGCAACGGAACGGCAAGCGAAAAGCCAAAGGCGGCUGAAGUUCCCGCGGUGGCGGCGACGCCGGCGGUGAAUGGCGUCAAAGCAAAGGAGGAAAAGAAAGAUGACAAGCGAAGCAAGGAGAAGGCGAAGGAAAAGACGAAGGAGAAGGAGCGAGUGAAGGAUGGUAAGGAGAAGGAGAAGGAAAGGUCGAAGGAGAAGACGAAGCGAAGCGGUGAAGACGUUGUCAAUGGGAAGAGCAAGGACAAAGCGGAGAAGGUGAGUAAGAGUAAAGACAGGGAGAGAACGUCGAGCAAGGUGGAUGGCAAGCCGAGCAGUAAGACAGACGGAAAGGUGGAGAAGAGUGAGAAGCGGAAGCUGGAGAAGUCCAGAUCGAAAGACAAGGAGAAGCCACUGAAGCGGUCGGACUCGAUCAAGGAGGAGUCGACGGAAGGGAAGCCUCAGCUGAAUCAGGACUCAAGUGUGGACAAUGACAGCAAGGAUUCGCUGAAGGAGAACCAGGAAGUGCUGGAGGUGAAUGGGAAGAAAUCGAUUGUGAUACAGCAACAGGAUGACGAGCUGGUUGCGGUGAUCGACGAAGAAGCUGAGCUGAGACGGAUGGAGCGGAACAAUAGUCGGAGAUCGUCACUGAAGAAGCAGGGUAGUUUGACUGCCGUUGAGAACACAGUGCUAGGGGAUUUGAACCAGUUCAACGGGUUGGAAAUACAGGGACCAAGCCGGCAGAACAGCAACCUGAUGGGAGAAUCGAUAAGCAGGCAUGAUUCGGAUCCGGUGGAGCCGAUCGCGAGUGAACGGAUCUCGGCCAAGCCGCCAAUCCAUCGGCAACAGUCGGUGGACAGUGUGAUGCGUCCGCGGACAAGUUUGCGGCCACCGAGCGUUCGACCUCCGUCGGCGAGACCCGGUGCACCGCGGAGGAAGGAGAAGAACGUCGAGAUUGUGCUGCAACCGAACGGGACGACGAAGCUGGGCGAAAUCAACGUCAAGAUGGAGGUGUUCAACAACGAGCUGCUGGACGACGAUGGGGAGAACUUGAUCGUGAUCGAGGAUCCUACCCAGGUGGACAACGUGUACGGAGGUGGGUCGGAGGGGCAGGAGGUUAAGGAAGAGCAGGAUCAGGGUCACCUGGUGCAGCAGAUUCUGGAGACGCAGAAGGAGUUUUCGAACAUUGCUGGAGCGGAAGCGGAGGUGGCCAAGAAGGUUGAUAUCGAGUGGACCAGCAACCAGCGGCAAUCUUCGGCGAAGCAGAUGGAAACGAUGCGAGAGUCGAUUCAGAAGCUAACGAGAAGUGUGAAUCCGCUGGGGAAACUGAUGGACUUCCUCCAGGAGGAUAUCGACUCGAUGGAGCGCGAGCUGACCAACUGGCAGCAGGUGUACUCGAAAGCAGCGCAAGAACUCGCCAAGGAGAGAAGUGCAAACGAAAACGCGGUGGAACCGCUGAAGCACCAGCUGGCCCAAAUCGAGACCAGCAUCCGGGAGUACCACGAGAUGAUUGACAUUACGAGGGCGAAUAUACUGCAAAACGAGCAGAAAAUCGAGCGGCUCUACAUGACGGAGAUUUAGGGAACGGGAGGGGUUGAGUCGUGUUGUUUUUUUAUUCUUUUAAACAAAUUUUAAUAAAGGGUAGAUUUCAGUCACGGAAUUCAUGGACGUUUUCUUGGGGUAGAGAAAUCUGAAAAAUUCCAAAGGUACCUCCGACGACGUGCCUUCCAAGCACCAACGCUAUGAGAAGGAAUGAAAAAUGGAUUUCUUUCGCUCUACUUCGAAGUUAACCACAAUCGAUCGGCUUAGGUUAUGUUCAUAUCAUUUAUAUAGUUUUAUUCAUGUGUAUACUUCAAGUUUACCACCUACUACGCAUAUUUACACAAAUUUACACAUUCAUUUUUACACACGGCUUUGAUCUGUUCGGUACCCGGGUUCGGUUCAGGACAGUUUUUUUCUGUUUACAUUUACAGUUUAUUCUAGCACAUUUCUUUAAAUCAUUUUUCUUGCUAUUCAAUGCUGCACGUGUACUGGUUCAAAAUAAGCUAUUUUCUCAUCAUGUGUUACUUUCACUUUGUGGAUAAAUAUAUAUAUAUAUUUUUUAUGUAGGAUUAACGUAUUCUUGUGUGUGUUCUUGUAUAAUGAUAAUUUCAUCAAACGAGCAAUCAAACCAGCUCACAUUACUGUAUUUAUUUGUUCGAUAGCGAUUCACUUGAUUUAACUCUUAAAGCUGGAUUAAUUUGGUAAUUUGCUUCUCCUCUCGCUUUCUCUUUUUCUAAUAAUGCUUCCGUUGCGCGCGUGAGAGUGAGUUGUGGUUUUGUGAGGGGUUCCAAUAUUGUUGUAUGUAUCUGUGAGCUACCAUAUAGUAUUCGUAUCAGCGCGAUGAGGUGUUCUUGCGUGUGUAUUGGUGUGAGUUUUUCAAUAAAUUAUUGCAGUGCGCUAGCCUUACUGUCAAACUGCACCAUAGUUCUCACCUCUCUUUCUCUUUUUCAAGCAAAUAAAAAAUAUAACGGAAUUAGGCUAGGGACGUUAACUAAAGAUGAAGAUUCUGGAUAAAUCAACUUAUAAAUAUCACAAUUUGGAUUGUUUUUAGCUAGAUAAUUUUGUUCGAAAGCUUAAAUUUAAAAUGAGAUAAGAUUGGUUAAAUAUUCUAACGAUUUCAUACAAAAUGAAAUUGAUAUUUUUUGGACAAAUCUGGUGCCCUUUCGAGUGCCUUCUUCCGCGGACCUGAGCGAUAGUACCGAUUGGUUAACUGAGUGUAAUAUGUUUACUUUUUUGCACCAAUUUAAGUUCUCUCUCAGAAUUGCAAACUCUCUCUCUCUCUCUUCCUUCUAUAUCUUCCACUCUCUCUUGCUGAAGGUUGGCUGCGCUCGCGCAAGUUUCGCUCUCCGCUCAAACAGUGGAAGAGAAAGAGAGGAAGCGGGCCUUUAAAAAAAAAACUAACUUUCAUUUCGAGUGUCUACAUGAUUGUGAGAAUUGUGAACGACUAUUCUGUGUUGUAAUAGGAUUUAUUUAUAGUUUUUGCUCGUACUAUGCCUAAACUACGGAUUUUUUAUUCUCCUUUCAUUUUUGCUAACACUGAAGGCAACAACUUGACUUUUUCCCCUCCACUUUUGCCGGAGGCUGUUUUAAACAAUCAUUUUGUUAUUUUUUGUGAACUUUUUUUUUCGCAUAUUUGCUGUGAUUUCAGUGAUUUGGUUAAAGAUUUUCACGGUGAAGGAUAUGUUUUGCCCAGGGGUGUGUGAGUAUGGGUUUCUUUGACUCGCAAUGAUGGUUUUACUCUAAACAAAGGGGAUAUUGGAGGGACGCAGAUUUGGGUGACAACAAGAGCUUUCGAUUGCAUAGAGAUGGGUAAUUUUGAAUAAGAUUGAUUUUUUAUUCAUUCUGACAUUUCUAAUUUUCACAAACUGAAGACUGUAAAAGGCAUUUUAUAUCAUUAAUUCGUCCUUAAAAGUCUCCAUACAAUUUUGGUAGAUGUCCAUACAAAAAUGCUAUAAAUAUUCGAAAAUUUGUUUUUUUUUUUUGAUUUGAUGAUCGAUUUGGUGUUUUCAGCAAAGUUGUUGGUUAUGUAUGAUAAGAACAAAUCAGAGAAAAAUGUUACAUUAAAAAAAUAUUUUUUUAGUAUUUAAAAAAAUUCAAAAAAUCAAGAGCAAAACAAAAUUUGCCAGUGAAAAGUAGUUUUCAAAUUAUAGCCAUUUGAUGGUUAAAUCCAAGUUCCAAGCAAAAAAAAGUAUAUGUUUUUUUCAAAUAGCUGAGAUAAUUAUUGCCCAUUUUUUUCAAACUUUGAAAAUUGGUCAAAAAGUUGACGAGAUAGAGCAUUGCCAAGAAUUGAAAAUGAGAAAAUUUAGAUUUUCAAAGUGUUCAUCGAUUUACCUUAAUUUUCAACUGACGCCAUGUCGGCAACUUUAGGUCCGAAUUUCAACGUAAAAAAAAAGAAGAUGCAGUGAAAUGUUCCGAUCAUUAACAUAAAAAUAUUUCUAAAAUUUGAAUAAUUCGAGGUCUGAAAUUUCAAAAGGGCUAAAAUUUAUGCAGAAGAAUACGUUAAAAUUUUGAGGAAUAGUAAACGAAUAUCUUUGCACUUUAAGGCACAUUUUGUCCCUGGAUAUUAAGAAUUGUUUAAGUUGUUUAAUUUAUUUCGAAGCAAAAUCCUUUAUAUUGUACAGUGUAAAUUCAUAGGCGAAGCAGACGACAAAGAGCAGAUGCCAAAGAGCAAAUUAAAAUCGAAGAUAGUAAGCAAGACAAGCCCUCUCUCUCGGAGAGUGAGAGAGUGAUAAGGAGGAAAGCAAGCAUAGACCGAAAUUCAAAACCAAAAUUACAUUCUUGUACCAAAUUUUGGUUUUGAAUUUAAACAACCAUCCGUUGAAAAAUAUCAACACAGAGUUUUUUUUUAUAUUUUCUUUCAAAUUUAAAACAAUAUGCUAGCACUCAAAGAGACAAUAGAAAGACGAUUACAAGCAUGUUAAGUGGAUACAUAAUUGAAAAAGAACUUCUAGCAAUUGCAUGGGCAAUUGAAUAUUUCAAACAUUAAAUUUUCAAUCAACCAUUCAUCGUAUAUACAGACCACAGACCACUUUUUGCAUUAUGAAGACUUUAAGAAACAUCUCCAACCCUUUCUGAAAUAAGAUUGAAAAUUCAAAGCAUUGGAUGCUAGAUAAGACAUAAACAAGGAAAAGAAAAUGUUGUUGCAGAUUUUCCAUCUCGUAUGAAACAUUAAGAUAAAAAAAACUUUUUAAAUUUCAAGAGCUUGCACACAUUUUUCAUAAGGCGCUGCUCACAAAAUGUGCACCUUGAUCGGUUACUACUUCUAAAGGGCAACCGUAUCUGCAAAUAAAGUAAUCAACGAAUGUUCUUGCUAAAGUUUCACUUUCUUGAUCUGGCAUAAAAAAUGAAAGUCUAGGCAGGUGGGUGUAAUAGAAAUCGCUGUUGUUAAGUAAGCUUUAAGAGACUUUCGACUAUAGUGAUCAAUACAGUAUUUAAAGAUUUUGUUCCGAAACGAAAUUAAGAAUUCUUUUAGCAUGACGUUAUAAUUUAUAAUUCGUGAAUAUUUUCGGCAUCUGUACGGGUUCUUGCAACAGUACAGUAAUGAUUUUAACGAAAAUGCUUUAUUAAGACAGCAAAAUAAAAACAGAAACAAACGAGCGCAGAUCUCUCUGAAUCUCUCUCAGAAAUAACUAGUGCACUGUAGGCUUUUCUUGAACUAUAUGGAAAGCAUAUUCUAAUUCUAAAUUAAUUCUCUGUUGAAGAUUACAAAAGCUUUUGAUGAAGAAUAUUUUCACUUUGGAGCUGGAAGCUGGAACAUUUUCAAAGCUCUCAGAUGCUAUUACAAAAGCUAUUUAAUUCAUCAUCCCGGUACGAGAAUCGAACUCACGACCUCUGGAUUCGAAAUUCAGCACGUCGCUAGUCGAGCUAGUGAGCAGAUUUACUCUUUUAAGGGAUCUGACUUUGCCUAGCCAGUCAGGAAUCGAACCCACCACCUUCCGCUUACAAGGCGAAACCCGUAACCUCACGGCCACGGUAGCUCGGCUAAAAUUGAUGAGAUUUCGGUAAUUCGAUUUUUUUUUGUAAUUGUAAUCCGGUUGAAACUUUUUUGGUACCUUCGGUAUGCCCAAAGAAACCAUUUUGCAUCAUUAGUUUGUCUAUGUAAUUUUUCCAUACAAAUUUAGCAGCUGUCCAUACAAAAAUGAUAUAUGAAAAUUCAAAAAUCUGUAUCUUUAGAAGGAAUUUUUUUGAUCGAUUUGGUGUCUUCGGCAAAGUUGUAGGUAUAAAAAAGGACUACACUGAAAAAAAAUUUACACCGUUAAAAAAAUUGCGAUCAUUUUUAAUUUCACUUUUUAUCACUAAAACAUGAUUUGCAAAAAACACUUUUUUAUUUUUUUUUAUGUUUUUCAAAAAAUCGAAAUAUCGGUCGCAAAAUUUUUUAAACUUCAUUUUUGAAGUAAAAUUCAA